AUGCUUCUCCUCGACUAUCAAAAUGUGCUGAUUCAAUCGGUGCUUACCGAGAGAUUCUCCGGCGCGCCCCCCGUCUCGAUCGAUCAAACUGUCUCCGACUUUGACGGUGUCAUCUUCCAUAUUUCCACUCCAGAGUCCAAGACCAAGAUACUUGUCUCGCUCCAGAUACGAUGCUACAAGGAUCUGGUCAAGUACGGCGCCGAGGAUGUCUUGAACCGUGAAUAUGGACAAUAUGUCGUCCCGCCCGAGCCCGGCUAUGAUUUCUCUAUUAUGGUGGAUCUGGAGAACCUCCCAAGUGAACCUGAAGCACGCGAGGAGCUUGUCAAGAAGAUUUCAUUACUUAAGCGCAACGCCAUGGCGGCCCCCUUCGAGCACGCAUAUGCUGAGCAUUACAAGCUGAAGGAGGAGGCGUCCAAGUAUACAUCCGAGGAGGCACCACAAGGCGUCCGUGAGGGAGGCGAGGUCAUGGCCAUCCACUACCGAGAGGAGGAGGCCAUCUACGUCAAGGCCAGCUUCGACCGUGUUACCGUCAUCUUCAGCACCAUCUUCCGUGAGGAGACGGACCGAGUGUACGGCAAGGUCUUUAUCCAGGAGUUUGUUGAUGCCCGACGUCGCGCGAUCCAGAAUGCGCCGCAAGUUCUCUUCCGUAACGACCCGCCGCUUGAACUGCAGGGAGUGCCUGGAGUCAAGGACACCGGCACGGGUGAGAUUGGCUAUGUGACCUUUGUGCUUUUCCCGAGACAUCUUACGCCGCAGCGUAUGCCCGAUGUCAUCUCCCACAUUCAGACGUUCCGUGACUACUUCCACUACCACAUCAAGGCUUCCAAGGCCUACAUUCACACCCGUAUGAGGCGACGGACUGCCGACUUCCUCCAAGUGCUCCGGAGAGCAAGGCCCGAUAGCGAGGAGAAGGAGCGGAAAACGGCAAGCGGCAGGACUUUCAAGGUGCAGGGCAACUAA